AUGUUUGAUUACAUCCGUAAAGACAUCGGUGGGCGUGAAGAAGAAGUUAAUCUUCUAGUACUUGGUAAUGUGUUACACAAUAUUGGUGACAGAGAAAAAGCUAAAAAGUAUUAUAUUCGUCUAUUGAAAGAACUGAAUGAUGAUGAUGAUAUAAACACUGCUCAUUGUCAUUGUCGAUUAGGAGAAGUUACUGUUACACUAGCUGAUUAUGAUGCAGCACUUAAUCAUUUGAAUAAAGCUGUUACAUUGUACAAGAGAAUUCAACGUACAGAUGAUUCAAUCGAUAUUAGUAACUGUUAUUAUUGGUUGGGAGCAGCUCAUAGAGACAAAAAAGAAUGUGAAACAGCAUUAGAAUAUUAUAACAGAACUCUCAAAAUGAGACAAUCAAAGCUUCCUGCUGAUCAUGUUACUAUUGGAAAUACUCUAUGUUCAAUUGGAAAUGUUUACUAUCGACAACAGAAUUAUGAUUUGGCUUUGUCGUAUCUUCAACGUGCUCACAGGACAUUUCAAAAAACAUUGCCAUCUACUCAUUCAAAUAUUUCCAUUUGCUGUACUGAUAUUGGUAAUGUUUAUUUGCAUAAAAAAGAAUAUGAUAAGGCUCUAGAGAUCUACGAUAAAAGUCUUCAACUAAAGUUAAAAGCUCUUCCAUCAGAUCAUCCAAGUGUAGCAACAGCUUACUACAGUAUUGGCCUUGCUUAUGAAAAGAAAUGUGAGUGGAAGUUAGCACUCGAUUAUUUUACAAGAAGUCUGGAAAUAAGAGAAAAAGCAUUAGGAUCCUCUGAUCCUCGUUACAAAUUAUCUCAAGAUGGAAUUGAACGAGUAAUGUCACAUAUGAAAUAA